UGCGGGCGUGUGAAAUGCCUGGUGUACACCGGGGACAAGAAUGUGAAAGGAGCAGAAAUAGUGAAGAAUGCUAGACAGCGAUUUAACAUCGUUCUUCGCCAGCAGCCAGAAUUUGUCUUCCUCAGUCGCAGAGACUGGGUGGAGGCUGGCACGUGGCCGUAUUUCACUCUCCUCGGCCAGAGCUUGGGAUCCAUCUGGCUUGGGUGGGAAGCCCUGACAAAAUAUGUCCCUGAUGUGUACUUAGAUAGCAUGGGGUAUGCAUUUACUCUGCCCAUGUUUAAGUAUCUUGGGGGCUGCAGAGUGGGUUGUUACGUGCACUAUCCAACAAUAAGUACAGAUAUGUUGUCUAGAGUCACAGACCAGACAGCCACGUACAACAACAGAGCAAUCAUAGCCCGUAGUCCCAUACUGAGCGCAGUGAAGAUUGCGUACUACCGUGCAUUUGCAUUCAUCUAUGGCCUGGCAGGUUCCUGCUGUGAUGUAGUGAUGGUCAACUCUUCCUGGACGCAUGGCCACGUAGUGUCCAUCUGGGGGGCCAGGGAGUGUACCCACAAAGUGUUCCCUCCUUGUGAUGUUAAAGAGUUCAUGGACCUACCCAUGAAAAGCGACGCGGGAAAAACGCAGCACAGUAUCGUGUCAGUUGCUCAAUUCCGUCCUGAGAAAGACCACCCUCUUCAGCUGCGUGCCUUCCACGAGUUCCUCAAAGGCAUACCACAGGACAAGAGAAAGAACUACAAAUUAGUCCUGAUUGGUGGGGUUAGAAACCAGGGGGACGCAGACCGCGUGGACGGCCUGAAACGGUUAGCGGAGAAGCUAGAAGUCACCCCGUACACGGAGUUCCGUCUGAAUGUGCCAUUCUCGGAACUGAAACAGAGCCUGUCAGAAGCCACAGUGGGUCUGCACACCAUGUGGAAUGAGCACUUUGGAAUAGGUGUUGUAGAAUGCAUGGCAGCAGGCACCAUCAUCUUAGCACACAACUCUGGAGGCCCCAAGAUGGACAUUGUGGUGGAUCACAACGGUUCCCGUACGGGCUUCCUCGCACACGACGAGAAAACAUAUGCAGAUGCCAUCAAGACCAUCCUGGGCAUGAGCCCUGAAGAGAGAAUGGAGGUCAGAAGAAAUGGCCGAGACUCUGUGUCCAGGUUUUCAGAUCAGGAGUUUCAGACGACCUUUUUGAAUGCUACAGAAUCACUCUUUAAAUGAACAUCACAGAAACAAAAAAAA